CAAUUUUGAAAUUGACAUAGUACUUGGUCAAUCUCUGCUUCUUCAUGGAGGCAUAGAGAGUAAGUUCUAUCGAAAACAGAGCAAAUUAGUGUUUUGAAUUACUCUGUUUUGGUGAAUGAAUUCGAGAUGGGUGAUUCAGAAACUAACCUCUCACAUUCCCUCUUGCCUCUCUACCAUCUUAUGCACUUCGAAACUCCUAACCCAGCAGAGCCCAAGUUGCAAAGUCUCGACCUUUCUCCUCAACCACGUCGAUAUCAGCCUCCUCUUAUCCAUCUGCGGCAGAGAAGGCUGGUUUCCUCACCUGGGUCCUUCCCUCCACGCCUCCGUUAUCAAAAGCCCCGAGUUUUUCGAGCCCGUUGAUGCUGACAUCCAUCGAAACGCUCUCGUUGUUUGGAACUCUCUGCUCGCACUGUACGUUAGAAACGGAGAGUUAAUUGAUGCGCGCAAGUUGUUCGACGAAAUGCCCAUGAGAGAUAAUGUUUCUCGGAACACGGUGUUUAAUGGGUUUAUGAAGAACAGAGAGAUACAGUCUGGUUUUGUGUUGCUUAAGAGAAUGCUUACACCCGGUGGGUUUGAUCAAGCGACCUUGACGAUUGCUUUAUCGGUUUGCGAUACUCCAGAGCUCUGUUUGGUGACCAAGAUGAUCCACGGUUUAGCUGUUUUAAGCGGUUAUGACAAUGUAAUCCCCGUGGGGAACAGUUUGAUCACGUCUUAUUACAAAUGUGGGUGUUCUGUUUCUGGGAGAAUGGUUUUUGAUGAGAUGGUGCAAAGAAAUGUUAUAACUUGGACGGCUGUGAUUACUGGUUUGGUGCAGAAUGAGUUACAUGAAGAUGGUUUAAGAUUGUUUUGUUUGAUGCGUAGAGGAUUGGUUCAACCGAACUCAGUAACUUAUCUGAGCGCUCUAUCUGCUUGUUCAGGCUCACAGAGGGUAAUAGAAGGGAAACAGGUUCAUGCUCUUCUGUGGAAAGUUGGGAUUGAAUCAGAGCUACGCGUUGAGAGUAUGCUAAUGGAUAUGUACUCCAAAUGCGGAAGCAUUGAAGACGCCUGGAAUGUUUUUGAGUCCGCUGAAGAAACUGAUGAAGUUUCGAUGACUGUGAUGUUAGCUGGUUUAGCACAAAACGGGUCAGAGGAAGAAGCUAUACAUUUCUUCAUCAGAAUGCUGCAAGAUGGUGUGGAGAUAGAUGCAAAUGUGGUUUCAGCAGUUCUUGGAGUCUCGUUUGUGGAUAACUCUUUGGGUCUAGGCAAGCAGCUUCAUUCGUUGGUUAUCAAACGAAGAUCCUCCGGUAACACCUUUGUUAGCAACGGACUCAUCAACAUGUACUCAAAAUGCGGAGAUCUGGAUGAUUCACUCAGCGUCUUUAGACGAAUGUCGGAAAGAAACUACGUUUCAUGGAACUCAAUGAUUGCAUCAUUUGCUCGCCAUGGUCAUGGAUUAGCUGCGUUGAAGCUAUACGAAGAGAUGAUAAGGCAAGACGUGAAGCCCACGGACGUUACCUUUUUGUCGCUACUCCAUGCUUGUAGCCAUGUAAAGCUGAUCAACAAAGGCCAAGAACUCUUGAAACAGAUGCGAGAUGUCUACGGAAUCGAGCCUAGGACAGCGCAUUACGCCUGCAUCGUUGACAUGUUGGGCCGGGCUGGUCGUCUAGAAGAAGCAAAGAGUUUUAUAGACUCAUUGCCUACGAAACCUGACUCUCUGGUUUGGCAGGCGUUGCUUGGUGCUUGUAGUUUCUACGGUGACACUCAAAUAGGGAGAUAUGCAGCUGAGCAGUUGUUUCUCUCUGCACCUGAUAGCUCAGCUCCUCAUAUUCUGAUGGCUAACAUAUACUCAUCGAGAGGACAGUGGAAGGAGAGAGAGAAGACGAUCAAGAGAAUGAAAGCAAUGGGAGUGACUAAAGAAACAGGAGUAAGUUGGAUUGAAAUCGAGAAUCAAACACAUAGAUUUGUUGCUGACGACAAGUUGCAUCCACAAGGAGAGGCUAUACAUGAUGUUCUCUCUGAAUUGUUUGUUGUUAUGAUAGAUGAAGGUUACAUACAUGAUAAGAGGUUACUCUUCUGCAUGAAUACAUAAACAAAGAUUCCAAUUGUUGUCAAAAAAAAAAAAAAAAAAGAUUCCAAUCUCACGAGGUCUAUAAAAUUUUGAUUUUUGUAGUUGAAGACCAGAGGCAAAAUAUUGAAUAUGAUGCAUCCACUAAUUAUGACAAAAAAGGAUAUAAUAAUAUUGAGAUCUUAUUACAUAUGGUUUUGAUAUUAAUUGAAAUAAAAUCACAAAUUAAACACUUUUUGAUAUACAAAAAUUAAACACUUUUGUAGCCUAAUUAAAGACUAAAUAAACGGCUGAUAGUGUAUUUGUAACCCCACAUGCCACUAAAUUCCUCUCGAGUUUUUGAAGAUUAAAAAGUAGAAUUGGCACACAAACAAAAGGUAGCCGUUAUGUAAAAAAAAAAAAAAAGACCGUUGUGGACCAAAGAAUACAAAUUAAAUAAAAAACAAUAAACGAGAGAUCCGUUACGAAAAGAAGAACCUUUAUCCUCUCUCAAACCUUCAUUCAGACAACCAAAAAUAAGACGGGAGCCCUGUCCGAAGCUGAGAAAGAUUCAUCUUGUUUCGCGUUUAUGUUCUUGUCUGAAAUUUUUUUUUGUUUUCUAAAGUCUAGAGAAAUAGAGAGAUCUGGAAUUCUAGAAGCUGUUUUGUGAGAAUGGUUGCAAGAACCCCACAAAAGCAAAGGAAAGUGGCGAUGGUGGUGGCGCCUCCUCUCAACUCAGAACUUCUCAGGGAAACAAUCAACAAGAAUCUGCAAACGCUCCAGCUCUCUCAGGCUCCUUCCCAUUAUGUCUGAAACUUUACUUAAUUAGUACAAAACUUGAACCAACUGUAAUGAAAUUGUCUGUCUUUUGUGGCCCCAGGUUGUUAAAAAGAUCUUUCUUUUAAUGGAUUAUAAGUAAUCUCAUGUUAGUGUCCACCAUUGAUGAGAUCUUCUUGAUACCUGAGGAACAUAAAGUCUGUGAAUUAGACUUUUGGGAACCUAACAUUUGCGUUUUAGCUGAUUUUUUUUUUUUUUUUUUUGUCAAUGGUUGGUUUGUGAUAUGGUGAAAGGUUGAUAAAUGUAUGGAGAGACUGCAAGAGCUGCAAUA